UCAAAGACGAAGAACCCUUUAGUUUGUUCGUUGAAUCGAGGAACUUUGCGUGUUUUUGUUCCUUCCUGUAUCUGGAUCGAUUGUUAACGACUACCAGAUUAUCUUCUAAGGCCGCAAUCUCAAUCGAUCAGUAUCUUGAUUCCUGACCUAUCUUCUCCAACUUUUGAUACACAACAAUGGAUCCUUCAAUUAUGAAGCUCCUUGAAGAAGACGAGGACGAGACAAUGCAUUCGGGCGCGGAGGUGGAUGCGUUCACUGCUGCUCUGAACAGGGAUAUAGAAGGGGACACGUCUGCCUCUCAGCCAUCUGAUUCAGACGGUGCCAUGUCUCAAGGUAACAAUCAGCUAAUUCCACAGUGGCAAUCUUCUAGCCAGGGAGAUCCUGUCAAUAAUCAAAGUCAUCCAGGUUCGAAUAAAUUCUUUUCGAUGGAACAGCUUCCACCCAAAAUGGAGCUGCAUCAACAAGAACCUGUCAUGGAUAAUCAACAACAACAACAACAACAACAACAAACAAUUGCAGCACAUGAGCUUAGUCACAGCUCUAUGCAGCAGCAACCACAAGACUCUUACCAAUUACAACUCCCACAAAGUGCUCUUCCAUUUUCUCACAAGAUGGGUGUAUCAAACUUGGAUAGGAAUUCUAUGCAUAUAAGAGAACCAGAGAGAGGCCCUAAACCACAGGUUGAUCCACAGUUGACAAAUCUACAGAAGAUGCACAAUCAACCGGCUAUACCAACAGAGCAGGCAACAAAUCCAAAUAAUCGUAGCAAACAGGUUCCAUUUGGGUUAUUGCUGCCAGUUAUAUUACCUCAAUUAGACAAAGAUAGAGCUAUGCAGCUUCAAACUCUUUAUCUUAAAUUAAGGAAAAAUGAAAUUACCAAGGAUGGAUUUGUCCGGCAUAUGAGAGCUAUUAUAGGGGACCAAAUGCUCAGGAUGGCUGUGCUUAAGUUGCAAACACAAGCUGCUCGAAACUCACAGACUUCCCCAAACCCCUUUUCAUCACAAUCGCAAAAUGCAAAUAUGACUUCCAUGGGUUCUAACCAGGGAACUGUUCCCCAGUCAUUUGCUCAACUUCAUCAAAAAGAUAGCAAUAUACAGAAAUCCCAAGAAAUGGAUCGUCAAGCAGACACCCAUGGCAUGCCAGUGAGCCAGAUGUCCACAUCCAGUUUGAGUAAUUUAAAUCAAGAAAGAGAGCGCCCUGUGAACCCAAUGCAGGGAUUUGGCAAGCAACAGCAACAACAUUUACACUUUUCGCAACAGACUUUUCCUAUGUAUGGAAGUUCAGUUAAUAACUAUCAUUCAUUUUCUGGCGCAAACGCUAAUGCAACACCAGCUUCUCUCAAACAACAGUCUCAUGAUCCGCCAAUGAGGCAAAAUCCAGUUCACCAAAACAUUGGUACGCCUCAAUUAGGGGGUGCAUCUCAGUCCAUGAGUACAAUGAAUAUGCCCAAAUUUGAGAGACAAAUUCCUCUUAGUGAUACAAAAAGAGUUCAGGGUGGAACUUUUUCUCCACUGACAAAUAAUUCAAGCUUGCAACAGAAAAGCGUCUCUCCACAACCACCAAUGAAUUUUGUUAAACAAGAGCCAGUUGAUCAGAUGAAUGAACAACAAAAGUCUCAAUUGUCUAACUCACAAGGGUUAUCUUCUUUUCCUCCUCCACAUGUAGAACAUGGUGAUGCAGUUUCGGGAACGUCAAAGGACGAAUUGUUUGAGAUGCAAUCCUCAAAGGGUGGUUUCCCAACUUCUAUGGGUAUAAUGCCCUCUAAGCCACCAUCUCAACUGGAGCUAAGUUCCAGGAUGCCACCUUCAAGUGGGCCUGGAGGAAUUUCUAAGACUCCAUUGAAGAAGCCAAUUGUAGGGCAAAAGAAACCACUUGAAUCACUCGUAUCAUCACCGCCUUUAUCAAGUAAGAAGCAAAAAGUAUCAGGUGGCUUCUUGGAUCAAAGCAUUGAACAACUCAAUGAUGUGACUGCUGUCAGUGGAGUGAAUCUUCGGGAAGAGGAAGAACAAUUAUUUUCUGGACCUAAGGAAGACAGUCGAGCUUCAGAAGCAUCUCGAAGAGUUGUGCAAGAAGAGGAAGAAAAACUCAUUUUGCAGAAAAUUCCUCUCCAGAAGAAGUUGGCAGAUAUUGCUGUAAAAUGUGGUGUUAAGGGUAUAAGCAAUGAUGUUGAGCGAUGUUUGUCGUUGUGUGUAGAGGAAAAAAUGCGUGGCCUGAUAAGUAAUCUGAUCAGACUGUCUAAGCAGCGGGUCGAUGUUGAGAAGUCGAGGCAUCGCACUGUUGUAACUUCUGAUGUUCGGCAACAGAUCAUGUCAAUGAAUAAGAAAGCUAGGGAAGAAUGGGAGAAGAAACAGGCUGAAGCAGAAAAGCUUCAAAAGCAAAAUGAUACAGAAGGAGGUGCUGGAACUGAUGGCGACAAAGACAAGGAUGAUGGACGCGGGAAAUCAAUCAAGGUUAACAAAGAGGAAGACGAUAAAAUGAGAACAACAGCAGCAAAUGUGGCUGCACGUGCUGCAGCAGGUGGAGACGACAUGUUAUCAAAGUGGCAACUAAUGGCUGAGCAGGCUAGACAGAAACGCGAAGGAGUAAGUGAUGUAGCCUCCGGUUCACAGCCAACUAAAGAGUUGAGCAGCAAUACACCAUCAUCUUCUGGUAAAACUAGUAGAGAUAGUCAAGACGGAGAAAAUAGGGGCCAGUCAGCUACUACCUCCACAUCUGGACUGGGUAGAAAAUUUGGUCGGAGCUCUGUUUUUGUUCCGCAGCAGAAAGUGGUGCGCACUAUCUCAAUUAAGGACGUAAUCGCUGUACUUGAAAGAGAGCCCCAGAUGGCAAAAUCUACCCUCAUGUAUCGGUUAUAUGACAAGGCUGGUUCCGAUCCUGCAACAGAGUAAUCUAGUCUUUUGGAGGAUCUUCCUGUCUUUAGAUCUAGAUCGUUACAAAUUGGUGAACUUUAAGGAGAAUCACUGUACUAUUUGUUUUUAUGUAAGUUUGUGAUUUUUAUUAUCUUAUUAGCAGGUCAUGAAAAGUAAAUCAUUAUGUAGCUCAAUUAGUAAAAGUCGCGAUUAAGAAAUCAAAUAUCACACAUUUAAUUCA